ACCGCUGACACCAGUAGCGUGGACGUCGCACGCCGUUAAUGUCAACAGUGUCGUCAUCGUCCUGUUAACUCGGUUUCGGCGGACGUCUCGACGGCGGCAGGACAUUCACGCACUCGACGGACUUACAUACGCACUUCAGGUGGAGGGCUUGAGACGGACACAUUAUGCCUCACACAGGUCAAGCAGGUGUCAACCAAUUAGGCGGAGUGUUUGUGAACGGUCGUCCUUUGCCUGAUUGCGUGCGAAGAAGGAUAGUCGAACUUGCAUUAUUGGGAGUUCGGCCUUGUGAUAUCUCGAGACAGUUGCUAGUUUCUCAUGGAUGUGUUUCGAAAAUUCUUACACGCUUUUACGAAACAGGGUCCAUCCGCCCGGGGUCCAUAGGGGGCUCCAAAACGAAGCAAGUGGCCACCCCCACCGUCGUCAAGAAAAUCCUCAGGUUCAAACAGGAAAAUCCCGGAAUGUUCGCUUGGGAAAUCCGGGAGCAGCUCAUCGCUCAGCGCGUUUGUGAGCCACAUAACAUACCCUCAGUCAGCUCCGUCAAUCGGAUAUUGAGGAACAGUGGUGUGUGGCCGGACCCUCCUGAAAUAUUGCACCACCCUCGACCGCCACCUACAGAUUCUCUAAUGCGAGGAGAAAUGUAUUCGAAAAUGUCGACUAAUCUGACUACUCUCCCUUACUUCUCAAUGCACGACUCGACUUACCCAAGUAACAGAUUAGCAGCUCUCCAACACCAGCUUCACAUAGCGACUUCAACUCCUCUAGACUUGCCCUCGGCUAACAAUUGGUCAAAUUUAAUAAUUCCCUAUCACCCGCCCAGCCAUGAACCCUCAAACCAGGACGAGAAAGAAUGCGUUAUAUCGACCGAAAGUAACGAAAAGCAACAAGAACUCAAAAGGAAAAAUCCCUACUCUAUCGAGGAACUCCUCAAAAAGCCCGAUAAAAAGGCCAAACCUCCCACUGUCACACACGUGGGGAUUCAGCAACCCUUUGGCGUGUUUCUCACACACGAUGCGGAGGAAAAAAAUGAUAGUGAUGUUGAGAAGGAAGUUAAAGUUGAUGUUGAGUGAGGAUGUGUCAUUAUCUUAGCUAGUAGUAUUUGAACCUAUGCCAUAACUGUACAAAUAUUUAUUUAUUUAUUAUGUAAUAUAGUACGUUUUUAAUUAAGGAGACGCCAUUAAUGAUGUUUUGUUUGUGUACAAAAAUAUGUAGGAGCAGCCAAAAAUCUAAUAAAUUAUUGA